AAUGAGUAUUUUGAUUCAAAACUCCUUAAAUUGGGACUUGUACAGAACCUCAAAUUGGGAAUAGAAACGAGAGAACAAUCAACUUAAUAAAAAGAAAAAUGAAAAAAAGAAGAAGAAGAAGAAUGAAAAAGACUUCUGAAGGAUGUCGACACACCCUUCAUCACUUGGAAUUGCACGUAACUCUUAAUCGUCAUGAAAUCAUAAAAAAUUACUCCUUUCCUUUUCACAAUUUCACUUGCCGACCGUUACUUGCUUCUCUUCCACUCUUGCACCUUUUUCUUUUGCUUUCUCAUCAUCUCUUCUCCACACCACAUACUCUCUCAUUCAUACUCCCGACUCCAAACACAAGACUCAACAGUGGAAGAAAAAUGUACCCAAAGGUGAAGGUGAGACUGGAACAAGAUAAAGAUGAUAGUGGUUCAGUUCUGUCUUUUGCGCUUGUAGAGUCUUUCUCUAGCCAAGAGAAGGAAAAUCAAUGGGAUUCUGAUUCACCACCUAUAGUUGCCAGAGUCACCAAGGCUAAUUCAAUUUCAGCUUCCAAAGUGGUGAAUAACCAGAGGAACAAUGGUGAGGAGAGAAAGUUAAGUGGGAGAGCAGCUUCAGUUCCGCGCCCUCGUGCAGUUUUGUCUAGUCCUGAUAAUGAUGGAAUGAUUGGGAACAGAAACAGGUUGAAUGAUGGAGGAUCUGUCUUAGCUCCCAAGAGGCUUCAAUUUCAUGAUGUGCAGAAAAUGCCAGUCUGUAUUAAGACUAACAAUUGCAGCUUUAAGAAAAGGAAUUCUUCUGAAUUUGAAAUCCGAAAGCACAAAUCAUCUCUUGUUGUGAAAGUCAACAAAGAGAAGAACAGUUAGUUUAGUUGGUUUCUUUUACUGAUCUUUGAAGUACUACAUGGGGAAAUGGAAUCCUUUGCUCCUAAUGAAUGUUUGUUAAUUUG